GAGGGGUCCCUGCUCGGGUGACAGGUCCGUCCCUGAGGGCGGAGCGGGGGCCGCCUGCGGCGCGGCGGGGCGAGGAAUCCGUUCGGCUCCAUCCCCCGGCAUAGUCCUCCCGUCCCGGCCCCUGAGGAAGGAGCGGCGCCGCGCUCGCUUCCAGCACCGCCAUGUCCGGCCAGAGCCUCACCGACCGCAUCACGGCGGCACAGCACAGCGUGACCGGCUCGGCGGUCUCCAAAACCGUCUGCAAGGCCACAACCCACGAGGUCAUGGGGCCCAAGAAGAAGCACCUGGACUAUUUAAUCCAGUGCACGAAUGAGAUGAAUGUGAACAUCCCACAGCUGGCAGACAGUUUGUUUGAAAGAACUACCAACAGUAGCUGGGUGGUGGUCUUCAAAUCUCUCAUCACAACCCAUCAUCUAAUGGUGUAUGGAAAUGAGCGCUUCAUCCAGUAUCUGGCGUCCAGAAACACGUUGUUUAAUUUGAGCAACUUCCUAGACAAAAGUGGAUUGCAAGGCUAUGACAUGUCAACAUUUAUCAGGCGGUAUAGCAGGUACCUGAAUGAAAAGGCAGUUUCCUACAGACAGGUGGCUUUUGACUUCACAAAAGUAAAAAGAGGGGCCGAUGGAGUAAUGAGAACAAUGAGCACAGAAAAACUCCUCAAAACUGUACCCAUUAUACAGAACCAAAUGGAUGCGCUGCUUGAUUUCAACGUCAAUAGCAAUGAACUUACAAAUGGUGUAAUUAAUGCUGCCUUCAUGCUUCUCUUCAAAGAUGCCAUUAGACUGUUUGCGGCAUAUAACGAAGGGAUUAUUAACCUCUUGGAAAAGUACUUUGAUAUGAAAAAGAACCAGUGUAAAGAAGGCCUUGAUAUAUAUAAGAAGUUCCUCACUAGAAUGACACGGAUCUCAGAGUUCCUCAAAGUUGCAGAGCAAGUUGGAAUUGACAGAGGAGACAUACCAGAUCUUUCCCAGGCACCGAGUAGCCUUCUUGAUGCUUUGGAGCAACAUUUAGCUUCUCUAGAAGGAAAGAAAAUCAAAGAUUCCACAGCUGCAAGCAGGGCUACCACCCUUUCCAAUGCAGUUUCUUCCCUUGCAAGCACUGGCCUGUCUCUGACAAAAGUUGAUGAAAGGGAAAAACAAGCUGCAUUAGAGGAGGAACAGGCUCGCUUGAAAGCUUUAAAGGAGCAACGUCUAAAAGAACUUGCAAAGAAACCUCAUACCUCUUUAACAACCGCAGCUUCUCCUGUGUCAACUGCAGCAGGAAGCGUAAUGACUACACCAGCCAUUGAUAUCUUUUCUACUCCUAGCUCUUCAAACAGCACUUCAAAGCUGCCAAAUGACCUGCUUGAUUUGCAGCCAACUUUUCAUCCUUCCGUACAUCCAAUAUCUGCUGCUCCGCAAGUAGGAAGCACCUGGGGAGGGUUCACUCCAUCCCCUGUUGCUCAACCACAGCCGUCAGCUGGCCUUAAUGUUGACUUUGAGUCUGUGUUCGGAAACAAAUCUUCUAAUGUUGUCCUAGAUUCUGGUGGCUUUGAUGAAUUAGGUGGUCUCCUAAAACCAACAGUGGCCUCCCAAAACCAGAGUCUUCCAGUUGCCAAAGUACCACCUAACAAGUUAGUGUCAGAUGAUCUGGAUUCAUCUUUAGCCAAUCUUGUAGGCAAUUUGGGCAUUGGAAAUGGAACUACUAAAAAUGAUGUAAAUUGGACUCAGCCAAGUGAAAAGAAACUAACAGGCGGUUCCAACUGGCAACCCAAGAUUGCACCUACGACUGCGUGGAAUGCUCCAACGCUGAAUGGCAUGCAUUUUCCACAAUACGCACCACCUGUAAUGGCGUAUCCUGCCACAACGCCGACGGGAAUGAUGGGCUAUGGGAUGCCAUCGCAGAUGGGAGGUAUACCAGUAAUGACACAGCCAACUUUAAUAUACAGCCAGCCAGUGAUGAGACCACCAAAUCCUUUCGGCCCUGUACCAGGAGCACAGAUUCAGUUUAUGUAACUGUUAGAUGGAAGAGAACAGAACGUUUCCAAAUAGAUGUGCUCACCAGUAAGCCCCCACUUCCAGGAAAAAAAGAACUUCAGUCUGUCAAGCUCUCCUCUUCCGCUGAACGGCGCGGUGAAAUGAUGAAGACCAAUGAAGGAACCUGGGACAGCUCCAUAGGAAAGCAUCAGCACCGGAGGCAAAGCCAAGACUUGCCACGAGUCCAGACUACGAUCCUGGUUUUGUGCUGGUGACUGACACGCCGAUGCUUUCAGCUUCUAAUAAUAACCAUAAUCAGUAACGUAGAAAGAGAAGCCUGUAUUCUGGAAAUUGCCGUUGGUGUUUGGAAGUGCUGUGUGGAAUGGAGGCGUGUCCUUUACCGUAACGCAAAGCGAGACUCUGUGGGGAGGGGAGGGUCCAAUCCUAACUCUUAAUUCUGCAGUUACCUUUUCUUCAGUCCUCACAAACGUAGGCACAGCAGUAAUGGAAAUUAACUUUUUUAAGAAAAUUAUAUAUUCAGUUUGCAGUAGACAUUCCUUAUGUAUUAUUGUUUGUAUUUAUUUAUGAUUAUCAAUUUAACAUUAAUAUUGUAUCAAAAAAAAACUCCUUAUGAAAAUGAGUAUGGAUGUAUACAGUAUGUCUGAUUUUUAUCCACAAAGAAUGAAUCUGAUUCAGAAUGCUUUUCAGCUGACAUACAGAGCACUAAAUAUUUUAAAGGUCUGAAUCUAAUGAAUUCUCAGCAUAUAUGGGAAUUAGGGAAGAGCUGUAAAAUGCAUUAAUCCUUAUAGUCAAUUCUGUGCCUAGGAUUUUGCAAGGGAACAGUUAACUGACUAGAAGAAGCACUACAUUUUUAAUUCAGCAUUAGUGCGUUGGGAAGGAACUUUAUCGCUUUGUGCUUGGCAUGUCAUUAUUUUUACAUUUGACAUUAUAAGGCCUUUCCAAAAUGAAUGUGAGGAAUUGCUUUCACUUUAAGACUUUCCUUCUCUGUAAAAAAAAAAAAUAAUAAUAAAAAUUGAGGUGUUGCGCGUCGGGGCGGGGGGAAGCCUUUUCAUUUGGCUAGUGCCAUGUCUGUGGUCACGUACCUUCUCAGAGCUAAAAGGGGGAGCAGCCUCCUGACAGCCAUCUCGUCGGACUUCAGUGACUGAAGAAUUAAAGUAGCGCUGUUGAUCGGUGCUUUGUGUAAAUACAUCGUAACUUCUGGGUAGAGAGGGGCCUUCGGAAGGAUAGUCAGGGAUAUGAAAGCAAUUCUGUACAUGAGUUAAGCAUACUUGCUGCAUUGUCUCUGCAGAUUCUAUUUUUGUUUAAAAUAUUAAAAUGUACGUUAGCAAAAAUGGGUGGAUUUUCAAAUAAAAUGCAGCUUCCACAGAAUUUUGUUACGGUA